UUUGUGUAUUUUGAUUGGAUAUUGGAUAAUGUUUUAAUGGGGGUGUUUACAAUGACAUGGGUGAAAACCCAGAUGAGAAAUCAUCCAGUGAGAACUUAUGCUGCUGUUUCAAAGUAUGGAAAGCUUCAAUUAGGAGUGAAAUUUGUGUAAAUAUUGGAAUAUGUAAAAUUGAAACUUGAGGAAAAUGAGGCUGGAUGAAGUUUGUCUUGAAAGAUUUCAACAAUAUAGUUGAACCUAUAUACAGUCUUGGAUCAUACAAGGCAAAGUAAUUGUUGAUGGAAAAGUUGUAAAUAAGGCUGGAACGCAGAUUCCUGAGAAAGCAGUUGUAGAAAUAAAUGCGGAAAUCCCAAAAUAUGUAUGGGAGGCACAAGUUAGAAGCAGCAAUUGAACAGCUAAAUGUUGAUGUUGCCGGAAAAGUAGCUCUAGAUGCAGGGUUGUCAACUGGGGGAUUCACUGAUUGCUUGCUCCAGUAUGGAGCGUCAUUUGUUUAUGGAGUUGAUGUAGGAUAUGGACAGGUGGCAGAAAAAGUACGUCGAGAUGAACGUGUCUCUGUUAUAGAGAGAACAAAUUUGAGAUAUCUUACUGAACUCCCACAAAAAGUGAAGGUGGACUUGGUAACUUUGGACCUCUCGUUCAUCUCCAUCCUCCUGGUGAUGCCUGCUAUAGUCAAACUCAUGAAAGAUGAAGCAACAUUAGUUACCCUGGUUAAGCCUCAAUUUGAGGCUCGAAGAUCCCAGGUCGGAGGAGGUGGUAUAGUGAGAGAUCCCCUAGUCCAUAAAGAGGUUCUUGAUCGGAUUACCAAAGGCAUUGAAAGUUUUGGGUUCUGCAGCAAAGGGUGGAUUGAGUCUCCUCUUAAGGGUGCUGAGGGUAACACUGAAUUCUUGGUUUGCUUUCACAGAACAACAGCUAUUAAGAAGAUGGCAGAGGCAGAACAACCAUCAGCUGCAAACCUUGAAUUUGAUCCAAACCUGUAAUUGACAUGCGUUUUAUAUUCUAAUGAGCACGGAUGCUCAGUUUCUAAUAGUGAGAGAAAAGAGCACCCAGAAUGUAAAAUUGCAACUAGUUUUGAUUCUCAUAGGGUCAGGGACCUCAGGGCUGGAUUUGAAAGCAGCUUUUACUGGGAAAAAAUAUUUUACUAUAGCAUUGUAAUUGAUUUUUUAGUUUCAUAACUGAGAAAUAAGUAAAUACAGGUAGCUUAAUUUAUGAACAUGCGGAACACAGAUUGGCA